GGAAUCGUGCAUUUUUCUUUUCUCUCCUAAUACUAUUGUGCUUCAUCGCUUUUAACGGUUGACAGUCAGUCGUCUUGAUAUCAAAUUCCAUCUCAUCCUAUACUCUUAGGAAAACAUCACGUUAUAUAAUCAUGUCUUCACUCGAUACCUCACACGAUGAUAUCCAUCACGACAAACCAUACGUGCAACACGUCACCGGUGGACCCGAUCUCUCCCGUCAAAUAACUCUCCAAUUAAACACCGAUCAGUACGAGCGACUAUUCUUCCAACCCUCAUCCGCCAAAGGCGAUCUCGUCAAACGACUCGGAAACCCCACGCUCCUCGGGCUCCUCGGCUUCCUCGUCCCCUUCUCCUCCACCGUCUUCUCGCUCCUCACCUUCCAAGGCUCCUCCACCUCCUCCCUCGUCUCCGUCAGCGGAACCUUCUACAUGUUCGGCGGCAUCGCCAUGAUCAUCGCCGGCAUCUGCGAAUUCGUCCUCGGCAACUCCUUCCCCUUUUCUGUCUUCAUCAUCUUCGGCGUGCACUGGGUCUACAACGGAUACCUCAACGAUCCCCUCCACGGCAUCGCCGCCUCCUACGCCACAACCGUCAACGGCGUCGCCGUGCCCGGUGCCCUGAGCCAGGAAUACAAUGCCGGCCAGGGAAACUACGCCGUCGUCAUGGCACUCGUCUGUUUCGUCUUCCUCUGCGCCAGUCUGAGAACUAACGUCCCGUUUGUAAUCGUAUUCUUCACGUUGAUAUUCGUCUUUGGCUUUUUCGCAGGCGGUUACUACCAAUUGGGAUACAAUCCCUCCGAAGCCGGCUUGGAGAAUGCAACGCACAUGUUUAAGAUUGCGGGUGGAUUUGGAUUCGUGACUAUAAUAAUGGGAUGGUAUCUGGCCGUCAUCACAUCGUGUGCUUCGACGGGCGUACCAUGCCCAUUACCGAUCUUCGAUUUGAGUUCCAAGGUCUUUUUCCGCAAUAGGGAAGCGGCAAAGACGGAACAUGCGGGUGCUGUUAGAACUGAUAUGGUUUAGGUGCGAGGAUAUGAUGCGGGUCUGUUUGACAUGAGGAAAGAUGUCGAGCGGGUGCCGCCUGUGUUGAAUUGUAUAUGAUCAAUACACAAGGACUAUGUCUUAAUAAAGGCUUAAUGAAGGUUGGACGUAUGUAUAUAUUGAUAGUCCUUUUUUGUAUUCAAAAUUGACCCAGCUUGAAUAAUAAAUAAACAUAUUGA